UGCGCAGUUGACAAACAUUGGGACUCCAUUCCAGGCUGUCAGUGAGGGUUCCCUGAACCUCGCAUCCUGGACUGUCGUCCUCUCAGUGAUAACUUUAUCUGCUCUCCAAACAAAAACAACUUGACCAUGAGUGGGGAUCAUGGACGCGGAGACUCUCAGGUCAACUCUGGAUCUAAAGGAAGUGACUCUCACAAACAUAAAGACAAGCACAAAGAAAAGGAGCACAAACACAAAGAUCACAAGAAAGACAAGGAAAGAGAGAAAAUAAAGCACAGCAACAGCGAACAUAAGGAGUACUCUGAGAGAAAACACAAAGACAAAGAGAAGCCGAGGCACAGUGACGGUAGCACAAACAGACACAGAGAAAAACACAAAGACAAGGACAAAGAGAAGAGGAAAGAGGAUAAGAGUUUAUCAUCCCAUCCUGACAAACCUAAAAAGGAGAAGGAAAAUGGAUAUGUGAGAGAGAGAAGUCCCACUGCCAUUAAAAGCGAGCCGGAAGAUGACAAUGGCUUCUAUCCGUCUCCCAAACACAACAAGGCCCCCAAACGUGAGAAGGAUGAUGAUGAGGAGGAGUUUGAAUACAAGCCUAAGAAAGUCAAGGUAGAGCACGAUAAGAAGGCCAAGAAGAGGAAACAUGAGUAUGAAGAUGACGAAGAGGAGGAGGAUACUAAGCACAAAAAGAAGACGAAAGACAAGAAAGCAACAGAGGGAAAGAAAGGCAAAAAAGAGGAAGAGGAGAAAUGGAAAUGGUGGGAGGAGGAGAGGUAUACUGACGGCUCUAAAUGGCGCUUUCUUGAACACAAGGGCCCAGUCUUCGCUCCACCUUAUGAGCCUUUGCCCAACAAAGUCAAAUUCUACUAUGAUGGUAAGCAAAUGAAGCUUAGUGCUCCCGCUGAGGAAGUGGCCACCUUCUUUGCCAAGAUGUUAGAUCAUGAGUACACCACUAAAGACAUCUUUAGGAAGAACUUCUAUAAAGACUGGAGGAAGGAAAUGACAUCAGAAGAGAAGUCAAUAAUCACAGAUCUGAACAAGUGUGAAUUCAGAGAAAUGAGUGAGUACUUCAAAGCCCAAUCAGAGGCUCGCAAACAGAUGUCCAAGGAGGAGAAACAGAAAAUCAAAGAGGAAAAUGAGCGGAUCCUUCAGGAGUAUGGUUUCUGCAUCAUGGACAAUCACAAGGAAAGGAUUGGAAACUUUCGCAUCGAGCCGCCGGGUUUGUUCCGAGGACGAGGCGACCAUCCAAAGAUGGGAAUGCUGAAACGACGCAUUAGACCCGAAGACAUCAUCAUCAACUGUAGCAAGGACUCCAAGCAACCCAAACCUCCACCAGGGACAAAGUGGAAGGAGGUUCGCCAUGACAACAAGGUGACCUGGUUAGUAUCCUGGACAGAGAACAUCCAGGGCUCCAUCAAGUACAUCAUGUUGAACCCGAGCUCCAGAAUCAAGGGGGAGAAGGACUGGCAGAAGUAUGAGACUGCCAGGCGUUUAAAAAAGUGCGUGGAUCGGAUUCGUACUCAGUACAGAGACGACUGGAAGUCAAAAGAGAUGAGGAUCCGGCAGAGGGCCGUUGCACUGUAUUUUAUUGACAAGCUGGCUCUGAGGGCAGGGAAUGAGAAGGAGGAAGGUGAGACGGCAGACACGGUCGGCUGCUGCUCGCUGAGGGUGGAGCACAUCAAGUUGUAUCCCAAGUUGGACGAGCAGGAGUAUGUGGUGGAGUUCGACUUUUUGGGAAAAGACUCCAUCCGCUACUACAAUAAGAUCCCAGUGGAGAAGCGGGUCUUUAAAAACCUUCAGUUGUUUCUGGAGAACAAGCAGCCAGAGGACGACCUCUUUGACAGAUUGAAUACUUCCAUCCUCAACAAGCACUUACAGGAGCUGAUGGAUGGACUGACAGCCAAAGUUUUCCGUACCUACAAUGCCUCAAUCACCCUGCAGCAGCAGCUCAAAGAACUUACCUGCCCUGAAGACAGUAUCCCAGCUAAGAUCCUGUCAUACAACCGAGCUAACAGAGCUGUAGCCAUUCUGUGUAACCACCAGAGAGCUCCGCCCAAAACAUUUGAGAAGUCCAUGCAGAAUCUUCAGACCAAGAUUGACGAGAAACAAAAGCAGCUGUCUGCAGCCAGGAAGCAGCUGAAGGCCGCCAAGGCCGAUCACAAGGCCUCACAUGAUGAAAAGAGUAGAAAGACUGUAGAGGUGAAGCGUAAAGCCGUGCAGAGGAUAGAGGAGCAGCUCAUGAAACUCCAGGUACAAGCCACGGACAGAGAGGAGAACAAGCAGAUUGCUCUGGGCACCUCCAAGCUCAACUACCUGGAUCCACGCAUCUCUGUUGCCUGGUGCAAGAAGUGGAGCAUUCCAAUUGAGAAGAUCUACAACAAGACCCAGAGGGAAAAGUUUGCCUGGGCGAUCGACAUGGCCGAAAAGGAUUAUGAAUUUUAACUGCACUUAGUAUUUUUAUUUGAACAUUUCUACUCAAGCCUUUGAUUGUACAGAUGGUUUGUCGCCGAUGUGAAACGAUUCCACUGUGCGAUGGCUGUGGGACGAAGCCAGGACGGCACCCAAGCUGUGAUCACAGACAGGUUUAAUAAUCAUGCUGUAAAUAUCGACCGGUUGUGUACAGGCGAAAAUCAACUCUUGAAAGAUUUCACCAUGUUGCCCCAUACGUCAUCUCUCCUUAGAAACAUUAUGAUAUUGUGUAUGUAGCUGCAGCUCUUUGACCGUAUUCCCGCAACCAUGAUCACGUUAAGUAUUAAGUUGUGUCCGAUUAAAUGUUCUGAGAUGCUAAGCCAUCUGAUCUAUGGAAUAAUAAUUCUGAUAGAAUAAUAAAUUAUUAUGUUUUUUCACUAACAUAAGAGAUUAUGAUGGUUUUGACGAAUGUUUAGGUGGUGUUUAAAUUAAGCUGGACAAAGCAGCGACGGCGAGGAACUAAACUCUAGCACUAUGCUAACACACAUUAGCACACAGAAUGUCAAGUUUUAUCCAUGCUGUUUAUUUCAGGGAUGUACAUAUUGUCAUUGUUUUGUUUUGUUUUGAAGCGUGUGCUGUAUGCAUCCUCAACAAAAAGCCCUUAUUGCAAAUCUUUAGUGUGUGUGUUUUUCCUCAGUCUUACAGUGAGCAAGGCCUAACGGUGAUUUCGGUUACUUAAAAUGCCUGAAGCAUUAUGUUUUUGUGUGCCAGAGCUCAAAGAGACUGUUCCCUCUGACAGAAGGGUCUGGAUUUUUGCCAAAAAUGAUCACAUCAUUUAUCCUUGUAGGUGUGCUGUUUUUGUAAUGCCAUAAUAGAGCAGGACAUGUCUUUGAGAAAUCUUCUAAUGUGAAUGAACAGCUUUUGUCAUGAAUAUUUCUUGUUAUUUGAUCACUUAUCACACAAUCCCACGCUGAUUUGAAAGCUUGUUGUUUAGAGCUUUGUAGUUUUCAGAAUAAAACAUCAACCUUGU